CCUUUGAGCUAACUUCACUGCAACCUCCAAUCAUUCAUCUCUAAUUGUUUAGACAUACAUAUUUGGUCUAAGCAGGUGUCAUUUAGUUAAACCGCCGUUUCUCCUUUGUCGUUUUGUUUGUCCCUCCUGCUCUUUUUAAGUUUCUUUGGCGCUUAUCUCUUGUAUUUAUGCAUAAGCCGGAGGAGAAUCAUAUAACGAGUAGUCCAAAUUAAGCCAAAACAAAGCUUUACUCAUGCAGAAUCAAAUUCUGUUUCUAACUUUAUUUGACUUCACGCUUGUUACAUGAAGAAGAAAAAAAGUAUGCCUGUAUUGCUUUUGAAAGAGUCUUUGGUUUUUGCAGAGUACAGAAACUGAGGUUUUCAUGUCUCCAAAGUUGUUUGAGAGCUUGUAUUGUAUUGUAUGAAUGUGGGUUUGUUUCUAGAGUUUCGACACGUCCCUUUUAACGGAAAGAACUCUACUCAAUUUGUUAAAAGUGCCUUGAAAUGCACGCACUCUUUUUUUCUUUUUAUUGAAGCUCUUUAGCUUUUCGGUUGGGCACCUGUAAAAGUAUCUUGGUUUUCAGCGAUCAUGUGUUCAUUGAUGUAAUCAGGCAAUGUUUUGGUGUUCAAGAAGAAAUUUCACGGGCUUUGCCUAUAAAUUGUGGUGAAAAAGGUGAGCUUUUAUUUUUUUCUUUGGUGUUUGGAAAUGAAACAGAAGGGUUUAGGAGAGUUGGUGGGGAAGGUAGUGGUGGUUGCUGUAAAAGCAUCAAAGGAGAUCCCAAGAACUGCUUUGGUGUGGGCUUUGACUCAUGUUGUUCAACCUGGUGAUUGCAUUAAGCUUCUGGUGAUUACACCUGCUCUUCCUUCGGGUAAAAAGAUAUGGGGGCUUUCAAGAUUCACCAGUGAUUGCACCACUGCUCACAGGAGGUCCCUCUCAGGAACCAGUUCAGAUCAGAAGGAUGAUAUUGUAGACUCAUGCUCCCAAAUGAUGCAUCAGCUACAUGACGUUUAUGACCCAGAGAAGAUAAAAGUCAGGGUAAAAAUUGUUUCUGGUUCGCCCUGUGGAGUUGUGGCUGCUGAAGCCAAGAAAGCUCAAUCAAACUGGGUUAUAUUGGAUAAACAGCUGAAACAUGAGAAGAAAUGCUGCAUGGACAAGCUGCAAUGCAAUGUCGUGGUUAUGAAACGAUCUCAGCCAAAGGUUCUUCGUUUGAAUUUGGUUGGAUCACCAGCAAUUGAAUCUCAAGUGGCUUUCCCUUUACCCUUUGAUUCAGAGGUAUCUUCGAAACAUUUGAAAAGUAAGCAUGAUCAGUCAUACAUGAUUAAAGGGCCAUUUGUGACUCCUGCAAGUAGUCCAGAGCAAGAGUCGUCAUUGACUGUGACAGAUAUUGGAACCUCGUCAAUAUCAAGCUCAGAUCCAGGGACCUCACCAUUUGCCAUCUCUGGAAUUUUUGGAAACCUGAAGAAAGAGUGCUCAUUUAUCUGUGAAGAAAGGCUGAAUUUUUAUGACCCUGAUAGUGACACAGAUGGUGAAAGUGUGGGUCCACCUUCUACAAGCUCAUGUUCCCAACCAUGGAUGAGUGAGGCUCUCAGUUCUAGUGGUGAAUCCUUAAAACAUUUGGAGGGAAGUUCACAAAGGACCAAUGAUCCAGCUUUGACUUCCACGUAUGAAUUACUGCUGGAGAAGUUAUCUACUCUGAAUCGUGAACCUGAUGUUGGUGUGCUGAAUUAUAGGCUGGAUCUAAAGUUGAGCAAAAGUGUGAGAGAGGCAGUUUCAUUGUCCCGAAAUAAACCGCCGGGCCCUCCUCCAUUAUGUUCAAUAUGUCAACACAAGGCACCUGUAUUUGGAAAUCCUCCAAGAUGGUUCACCUAUGCUGAACUGGAGCUUGCUACUGAUAAAUUUUCACAAAGAAAUUUCUUGGCUGAAGGUGGAUUUGGUUCUGUGCACCGGGGUGUCUUACCAGAUGGCCAGGUUGUUGCUGUCAAGCAACAUAAACUGGCAAGUUCGCAAGGUGAUAAAGAAUUUUGCUCAGAAGUUGAGGUUUUAAGUUGCGCACAACAUCGUAAUGUUGUGAUGUUGAUUGGAUACUGUGUGGAAGAUGGAAGGAGAUUGCUGGUUUAUGAAUACAUUUGCAAUGGAUCUUUGGAUUCUCAUCUUUAUGGACGUGAUCGAGAACCAUUGGAAUGGUCUGCAAGGAGAAAAAUUGCUGUUGGAGCAGCUCGAGGGUUGAGAUACCUUCAUGAAGAAUGUAGAGUGGGUUGCAUUGUCCACCGUGAUAUGCGCCCUAACAAUAUUCUUGUCACUCAUGAUUUUGAACCAUUAGUUGGGGAUUUUGGAUUAGCAAGGUGGCAACCAGAUGGAGAUUUGGGAGUGGAAACAAGAGUAAUAGGAACAUUUGGGUAUUUAGCUCCAGAAUAUGCUCAAAGUGGUCAAAUCACGGAAAAAGCUGACGUCUACUCCUUUGGAGUAGUAUUAGUGGAGCUCAUUACAGGAAGGAAAGCUAUGGAUUUAAAUAGGCCCAAAGGUCAGCAGUGCCUCACUGAAUGGGCACGCCCUUUACUACUAAGACAAGCCAUUGAUGAACUGGUCGACCCUUGCUUAAGCAAAUGCUACUCAGAGCGAGAGAUUUAUGGCAUGCUGCAAUGUGCCUCCUUGUGCAUCCGUCGGGAUCCUCAUAAAAGGCCUCGUAUGUCACAGGUUCUUCGGAUGUUGGAAGGGGAUAUUAUCAUGAAUUCAAACAGUGAUACGUGAGUUUCCUGGCACAUCUGAAACAGCAGAAAGCAUGAGGAUAGAAACAUGAAACAUCAACAAUGCUUACUCCAAUCUUGAUUUUGAAGGAAGUUGAAAGUUGACCCACGGAAUGCAAAAGGGUAGGUCAUUCGGAGAGUGAAGAAAGGCUGCUGCCAUUGUAGGUGGAAAGUGAUGUAAAAGGGUUUGCAAACAUGAUAUUUCAACACAAUGUUUGGCAUCAACUGCGUGUUUAUCAUGUGAAACCAAACUUUUGUAUUUAUUUUUUGUGGAAAGAUAACUUCACGUUGUUUCA